CGCACGAAGACUUGAUUAUUAUUUAUCUUUUUCCUUUUUUACAAGUUUCUUGGAUUCUUUGGGAAUAUUUGCUUUAUUGUGAAAGCUCCUCCUAGAGAAACCCCGGUGCGGCGGUAUCCCUUCGCGAUGCGAAGAUGGCGCCCCUGUUCCCUCCCCGAGGCGCCGCGGCGUUCCGCCGCUUCACCCAGGAAUCGCUGGCGGAGAUCGAGAGGCUCAAGGCGGAAAGCCAGAAGGCAGCAGUAGAGGGCCGCGGGGGGGGAGAGCCAGAGGCCCCGCGCGCUGACCUGGAGGCGGGGAAGGGCCUGCCGAUGAUCUACGGAGACCCUCCAGCAGCGCUGCUCAACACGCCGCUGGAGGACCUGGACCCCUUCUACAAAGCACAGCACACAUUCAUCGUGGUCACUAAAGGAAACACAAUCUUCCGGUUCAACGCCGAGCCGGCCUGCUACGUUCUGAGCCCCUUUAGUUUGGUUCGAAGAGGAGCCAUCAAAAUUCUCAUACAUUCAUUAUUCAGCCUGUUCAUCAUGAUUACGAUUCUAGCGAAUUGUGUGUUCAUGACGAUGAGCAACCCGCCAGCAUGGAGUAAAACCGUUGAGUAUGUUUUUACUGGUAUCUACACCGUUGAGGCGACGAUCAAAGUGUUGUCGAGAGGUUUCUGUUUUGGAUCUUUUACAUUCCUUCGAGAUCCGUGGAAUUGGCUGGAUUUCAUGGUGAUCAGCAUGGCAUACGUCACUGAGUUUGUUGACCUUGGCAACGUGUCAGCUCUCAGGACAUUUCGUGUACUUCGAGCCCUUAAAACAAUCACUGUGAUUCCUGGUUUGAAAACCAUCGUGGCCGCUUUGAUCCAGUCAGUGAAGAAAAUGGUGGACGUCAUGAUUCUGACCGUCUUCUCCCUCGCUGUCUUCGCCCUCGUCGGCCUUCAGCUCUUUAUGGGGAAUCUGCGGCAGAAAUGUGUGCGCUGGCCCCUCGAGACAAACGAGGCAGCCUUUGAAUUUUUUAACGCCACCGCCAUGUUUAACGCCACGGCGUCCUUUAACAGCACCGCGGGCUUCAAUGACACGACAUAUUCCAACAGCACCUUCGAUUUCAAUGAGUAUAUUGAAAACACAGAUAAUCACUAUUCUUUGGAAGGCAGCCUCGAUGCUCUACUUUGUGGAAACAGCUCUGAUGCUGGGAAGUGCCCAGAAGGAUACACGUGCAUGAAGGCUGGGAGGAACCCCAACUAUGGCUACACCAGUUUUGACUCUUUUGGCUGGGCCUUCCUGGCCCUCUUCAGACUCAUGACCCAGGACUACUGGGAGAACGUUUUCCAGCUGAUCCUGCGGGCGGCCGGUAAGACCUACAUGCUGUUCUUUGUGUGUAUCAUCUUCCUGGGCUCCUUCUACCUCAUCAACCUCAUCCUGGCUGUGGUAGCCAUGGCGUAUGAUGAACAGAAUCAGGCAACUCUGCGAGAGGCCAGAGAGAAAGAGGAAGAGUUCCAGCUGCAACUCGAGCAACUCAGGAAUCAGGAAGAGGCUAUAGGUCUCGGGAGCCAAGCCACUCUAACCAGUAAGAAGUCGCUGAGUCAUCACACCAUACCUGAGUUUACAGACGAUGACUGCAGCCUUCAACAUGAUGAAAUUAUCAAGGAUCGUAACGGGAGAAUCAUUCCCCGUCUGUUAAUCAAAGCGCCCACCAUGAGAGAGUCUGCUUCAGAAUACGAGCUCAGAGACAAAUCAAUAAGCUCCGUGCACAGCAUGAUGCACCUGGAGGAGCCGGGCCUGAAACGGAGGACUGCCAGUGCUCUGACGAUGGCCACUAUAGCUGCUAUGGAAGAGUUGGAGGAUGCUCAGAGGCCGUGCCCACCCGCCUGGUACAAGUUUGCUGACAUGUUCCUGAAGUGGGACUGCCACCCGGGAUGGGUGUUUUUCAAAAAGUGGAUGCUCUUCGUGGUGAUGGACCCCUUUGUCGACUUGGGCAUCACCAUCUGCAUCGUGCUCAACACCCUCUUCAUGGCCAUGGAGCAUUACCCCAUGACCCCCGAGUUUGAACACAUGCUCUCCGUGGGGAAUCUGGUUUUCACUGGGAUCUUCGCAGCGGAGAUGUUCCUCAAGCUGAUCGCCAUGGACCCCUACUACUACUUUCAAGUUGGCUGGAACAUCUUCGACAGCAUCAUCGUCACUCUCAGUCUGGUGGAGUUGGGGCUGGCGGAUGUCCAAGGGCUGUCUGUCCUCAGGUCCUUCCGUCUGCUCCGUGUCUUCAAACUGGCAAAGUCCUGGCCCACGCUCAACAUGCUGAUCAAGAUUAUUGGCAACUCGGUAGGCGCUUUAGGAAACCUGACUUUGGUGCUGGCCAUCAUCGUCUUCAUCUUCGCUGUGGUCGGCAUGCAGCUCUUUGGCAAGAACUACAAAGACUGCGUGUGCAAGAUCUCGUUGGAUUGCGAGCUGCCGCGCUGGCACAUGAACGACUUCUUCCACUCGUUCCUCAUCGUUUUCCGCAUCUUGUGCGGCGAGUGGAUCGAGACCAUGUGGGACUGCAUGGAGGUGGCCGGAGUCGGGAUGUGCUUGGUUGUCUUCAUGAUGGUGAUGGUCAUUGGAAAUCUAGUGGUGUUGAACCUCUUCCUGGCCUUGCUGCUGAGCUCGUUCAGCGGAGACAACCUCUCCACGGGGGACGAUGACGGGGAGAUGAACAAUCUCCAGAUCGCCGUCUGCAGGUUCACACGAGGCUUCGACUGGCUCAAAGCGUUCGUCGCUCGAACCGUCCUGCGAAUUCUCAGGAAGAAGCCCAACGAGCCCGGUGAGGGCCCGGAGGACGACGAGAACCCCAAAAUGGAGGAAAUUGAAAUGAACCACAUGGACACCGGUCAGAGUCUCAAAAUGUCGGAUGGGAUAGGUGAUUGUUUAGUUGAAGGCCGGCCUUCUGGAGAGUUCAGCCUCAAUGUGCCAAUCGCUCAGGUUGAGUCAGACUUUGAAAACCUAGGCGAGGAUGAUGAUGCUGAUGAUGCUGAUGAUGAUGCUGAUGAUGAUGCUGAUGACUCAGAGAUAUCGGAUGAGAAAAAUAAUGAGGAAAACUUAGAAGAUGAAAGUAGCAUGCUGAGAAAUGUUCAACUGAUGGGUGCUUUGAAUGAUGGGGAUUCUUCAGUGUGUAGCACCAUGGACUAUCAGCCACCUGAGCCUGAACCAGAAGAGCUGGAGGAAGAAGAGCCCGACCCCGUGGAGCCCGAGGCCUGCUUCACCGACGAGUGUGUGAAGCGCUGGCCGUGUCUGACGGUGGACAUCACCCAAGGCAAAGGCAAGAAAUGGUGGAACCUCCGUAGGGCUUGCUUCACGAUUGUGGAGCACGACUGGUUUGAAACCUUCAUCAUCUUUAUGAUCCUCCUCAGCAGCGGCGCUCUGGCGUUUGAAGAUAUAUACUUAGAAAGACGCCGAACCAUCAAAAUUAUUCUGGAGUAUGCUGACAAAGUUUUCACCUACGUCUUCAUCAUCGAGAUGCUCCUUAAAUGGGUGGCAUACGGCUUCAAGACCUACUUCACCAACGCCUGGUGCUGGUUAGACUUUUUCAUUGUAGAUAUUUCCCUGAUUAGUUUAGCUGCCAAUUGGAUGGGAUACUCCGACCUCGGGCCGAUCAAGUCCCUCAGGACCCUCAGGGCCCUCAGGCCUCUUCGGGCGCUGUCGAGAUUUGAAGGGAUGAGGGUGGUGGUGAACGCUCUCGUUGGAGCGAUUCCCUCAAUCUUCAACGUGCUGCUGGUGUGUCUGAUCUUCUGGCUCAUCUUCAGCAUCAUGGGAGUUAACCUGUUUGCCGGGAAGUUUUACCGCUGCGUCAACACCACCACGGGCAAGCUUUUUCCCAUGACGGAGGUCAACAACAGGAGCGACUGCAUGGCCGUCAAAGAGGCCACGCAGGAGGCCCGCUGGGUCAACGUCAAGGUCAACUAUGACAACGUGGGACAAGGUUACCUGUCACUGCUUCAAGUGUCGACUUUUAAAGGCUGGAUGGAGAUCAUGUAUGCUGCCGUCGACUCAAGAGAGGUCGGGGAGCAGCCCUCUUACGAGAUCAACCUCUACAUGUACAUCUACUUCGUCAUCUUCAUUAUCUUCGGCUCUUUCUUCACACUCAACCUCUUCAUCGGUGUCAUUAUUGACAACUUCAACCAACAAAAGAAAAAGAUAUUUUGUUUUAUGUUGCGUCUGCACGGAGAUAAAGACCUCUUCAUGACGGAGGAACAAAAGAAGUACUACGAGGCCAUGAAGAAACUCGGCUCCAAGAAGCCACAGAAGCCGAUUCCACGUCCAACGAACCUGAUCCAGGGAGUGGUGUUUGACUUGAUCAGUCAGCAGUUCUUUGACAUCUUCAUCAUGGUGCUCAUCUGCCUCAACAUGGUGACCAUGAUGGUGGAGACAGACAACCAAAGCGCAGAGAAGGACGAUUUCCUCUUCAAAGUAAACGUCGCUUUCAUCGCCGUUUUCACCGGCGAGUGCACGUUGAAGCUCUUCGCCCUGCGGCAAUACUUCUUCACCAAUGGGUGGAACGUUUUCGACUUCAUUGUGGUCAUCUUGUCCAUUGCUGGUACGAUGCUCUCGGACAUCAUCGAGAAGUACUUUGUGUCACCGACUCUGUUCAGAGUGAUCCGACUGGCCAGAAUAGGCAGGAUCCUGCGUCUUAUCAAAGGAGCCAAGGGCAUUCGGACGCUUCUCUUCGCUCUCAUGAUGUCACUUCCUGCUCUAUUCAACAUUGGCCUCCUGCUCUUCCUCAUUAUGUUCAUCUUCUCCAUAUUUGGCAUGUCAAACUUCGCCUACAUCAAGAAGGAGGGUGGAAUCGACGACAUGUUUAACUUCGAGACGUUCGGCGGCAGCAUCGUCUGCUUGUUUGAGAUCACGACGUCGGCGGGCUGGGACGGGCUUAUGCUCCCGAUGCUGAACAAAGACUUUCCGGACUGCGAUCCGGACUUCGAGAACCCGGGCACGGACGUAAAGGGUAACUGCGGCAACCCGCUCAUGAGCAUGGCGUUCUUCUGCGGCUACAUCAUCGUCUCCUUCUUGGUGGUGGUCAACAUGUACAUCGCCAUCAUCUUGGAGAACUUCAACGUGGCGCAGGAGGAGAGCGGUGACGCGCUCUGCGAGGAAGACUUUGACAUGUUCAACGAGACGUGGGAGAAGUUCGACGUCGACGAAACUCAGUUCAUUGAGUACAGCCGGCUCUCGGAUUUCUGUAACACCUUGCAGCAGCCGCUGAGGGUAGCGAAGCCCAAUCGGCUCCGCUUUAUUCAAAUGGAUCUGCCCCUGGUCAUCGGGGACAGGAUCCACUGCCUGGAUGUCUUGUUGGCCGUCACACAGAUGGUCCUGGGAGACACGGUGGAGAUGGCGGCGAUGCGCGAGAGCAUCCAGGCCAAGUUCACCCUGAGCAACCCCACCUCGGACUCCUUUGCGCCGAUUACCACGACGGUGCGCCACAAAGAAGAGCAGGCGGCUGCCGUCGUCGUUCAGAGGGCUUACCGCAAGCACCUGCUGAAGCGCUGCAUGCGCCACGCCGCCUUCCUGCGCCGCCGUAAGACGGUGGGCAGGAAGGAGGAAGGUGACGGUCCGCCGGAGAAGGAGGGCAUGCUCGCGCGGAGGAUGGGGGUGCUCUACGGGAGCAAGGCGGACCUCGCCGAGGAAAUGGAGAAGGCGGAUUUAGAAACUCUAGCAAGCCAACAGCCGCCGAAUCCUGAGACGCUGUCGCAUGAUGACACAGGGGCCCGAUGUGGUCCAGAACCCCCCGAGGUUAAUAUCGUGGCGGUGCCUGUAGAAAUCACAAGUGAGGUGUUGUUGCAUUCUGCCCCCGACCCACAGGCACACCUGAGGGAGACGAUCGUAUAACGAGCAGCAGAAGACAAUUGAUGAUGUUGUUUUUGGCCUCAUUAGAUGAAGAGCGUACACCGUGCUCACGAAUGCUUAAACUGCAUUCAUGACAAUUAAACUGCACAUUUAAUUUCUGUUUUUUAAAUCAAUAUGUGAUAUUCUUGUGUUUUUUGGUUUUGUGGUUGAAACUGGUGUUAAAUUCUUUCUCUGAUAAUAAUAAUAUAGACAUCGGCAAAAAUGACCACUAUUAAUGCUCAAAGAGAACUAACUAAAAAUAAACUACUUCACAUUUUAAAUGAGAAUUAAUCUGGCUGUAAAAAGUAAUAUUAAGUUACUAGUUGGGUUUGCCGGGGAUGUCUUGAUAUUGGUUGAGAUAAAUAGUUUAAUUUAAUUGACAUUUUCAAAUUGGAUGUGAUCUCUCAGCAUGUAACUGUAAACUGGCUUUCAGAGAACUGCUGCACCAACCAUCAGCUAAUUCAAUACUAGUAUUUGUUAUUAAACAUCAUAGUGAACUUUAAAUCUGAUACGAUAGCUUUCUAGUGAGAAAUCCAUUUGGAAAUUUCAAGAUGAGGCACCCUGUAUGUCUGAAAAUAAUAUGUAAUUCAGUAUUUUUUCUAUGAAAAGUCAUUUAAUGCACGCUGUGGUUGAAGCCCUCAUCUAGGCUUGCAAUAACUUCAUUUUUGUUAUGGUUAGUGUUCCCACAAAAACAAAAUCUGUCCCCCAAUUUCUAACCAAAGAGUCACUUGAAAAACAACACUUGAAAAACCUGAAUGACCCUGUGUUUAUAAUACACACUCAGUUUAUUAUAAACACUAUUAUUAUUUUCUUUGAAAAACAACAAGACAUCAAUCUGUGACAUGAAUGCAGCACUAUCAUCCAACUCAUCGAUAUGCUCACAACUAAAAAAGUUACGAUCCGGAGUCGCCGAAAAAUUAAAACGGAGCAACUUCUUUUUUUCUGAACAUCUUCUUCCUGUUUACUUUAAGUCACUUUUAUGUGCGAUGUCUUUUUUCAUGAGACACUAACAGAUUGUCUAUGUUGGACUUAGUUCUGUACAUAAGGUUUAUUACCCUCAGCAUUUCUCCUGGUGUACCAGUGAAACCCUGAUGCAGUUCACAUCCGAAGGCCCAGUUUAUAUUGCACUAUUUAUAUCCCUUCCUGGUCCAGUUAGAGCAGACUGCAGAGACCAUUUUCUAAUUUCACCACUGAUGUAUGCAUGUCUUUUCAAUGUUUUUGUCUUUCUUUUUCACCUCAGAUGGAUCUGAAAACUCAAAGCGAGCAGUCGCUUGUUUUACAUUUCAGCAUUUAGAGUUAAACCCUGUAAACUUUACGAUGUGGUGUUUACAUGAACAGAAAUGCUGAGCUCUCCUUUCAUUUCAAACUAUUAAGUUUAUCUUUUGACUUGAUAUCAAAUUAAUUCAAAGUUCUGAAACGUAGCUGAGUGUUGGUUUACUUAAAUAAAUCCAUGAGUCAAGUUAAAGGAUGUUUCCAGUGCUUGGAUAAUAUCCAACAUUUACAUUUGAAACAUUUAAAUAUCCCACACAUUUACAUGUAAAAAGUUUUUUUUAAAAUCUCAACUCUGUCCUCGUGUGGAAAGGUUGCUUCACUUUCUGUUGGUUAAGUCUUAACUGAAUUUAAAACGUCUUACUCUGAAUACAUACAACAUAAGCACUUUUAGUUUUUUCUUUUUUUUAAUAGGCUAUAGAAGGUUGUCCUUUCUCUUUUAACAUCAAGGGGGAUCAAAACCAACGUGAAUGUCUUCAUCUUCUCCUCUUUAGGAUCGACUCGUCUCCUCUGGUGCAAAGACGUGUCCUCCUUGUGUUUACAUAAUGGAGGAAGAGCUUUACUGGGACACCCGCAGUCUGUGUUGCCUGUAUAUACACGUUGUUCCCUUCAUUUUUUUCUCUAUUGUAUAUAUAAUGUUGUUAUUGUAAAAAGUGUAAGUGUAUUGUGAGAAUAAAAUACUUAUUGUAGGGGAAGUAAGGCUGAGAAUAUGAUGUGAAGCUGAUGCCCUCUGCUGGUGUGUACGCUCAACAGGACACAUUUAUUCUGUCAUUUAUUCUAUUGCCAAACUUUUAGAAGUAGACGUGAAAUUGGAAAACAAUCCAGUUUGACCUUUCCCCUCUACCUUUGGUGUGAAAGGGUCAUUUUUGGGGGACUAUUUGCAGCCACAGAUUUGGUUCAGUGAGUAUUUUCAGCAGUCGGGCUGACUCAAAACAAACUGCCUGUUCAUGGUAAUAAAUAAUUAAAUACAAAUCAACUGACCAACGAAGCUCUCUAACUAUCAGCGUUACAUUUCUCAUCUCGAGUAUCGGCAUCUUUCCUCUUCAACAGAGCUGCUCAUUUCAGCACUUUUUAUUGGCUCGCUUGUCCUGUCGCUAUGUUUUGUUCAUGAGUGUCAACAGACGAAAAUAAGCACUGCCUCUAACAAGAAAUAAGGAGGUGGGGUGUCUGAUUUAUUUGCAUAUUUUUGUGGUUGCACUCUCCGUCUUUCCCACUGUUGACUGGCAUUUCUUAAGAGGGAUGUGUUGGUCUGACAUGUUGGCUGCCUGCAGAGCCGUGCUGCUUUAAUCUGUGGCUAUUUUAAUCGGUUGAUGUCCAGCCACCAAAACUAAUAAUCCGGGCUGCAACCAUUUUUUAUAUAUUUGUGGGGAUUAAACUGCUUGUUAUUUAUUUGAUUAUUUGGUCUAAAAAAAAUUAAUAAUAAUAA